UUAUGAGAUCCGGGUCGCGCCUCCCUCAAAACCCUGAGUGUCACAGUAAAAACGUUUUAAUUUAAUCGGCUCAGGUAGUAAUUUAUUUCAGUGUCCAAGAUCACUGAAAGGCAAAACGGACCCUGCAAGACUCCAGUAUAACGACAUAAACUACAAUGGAUUAUUCAACCAAUGAKAGCAAAUCAACCAGCAAGAAAAAAGUGGUGGCUGUGGUGGGAGGUGGUUUGGUCGGCGCCUUGAAUGCCUGCUACUUUGCAAAAAGAGGUUUUCAAGUAGAGGUCUUUGAAUCUCGAGAAGAUAUCCGCCAAGCCAAAAUAGUCAAGGGAAGAAGCAUCAAUCUAGCUCUAUCUCACAGGGGUCGCCAGGCAUUGAAACAAGUGGGAAUGGAAGACACGAUUGUCUCCAAAGGAAUCCCCAUGCAUUCCAGAAUGAUCCACUCUUUGAAUGGGACACAGUCCCCCAUUCCCUAUGGCAAGAAAGGCCAGUACAUCCUGUCUGUCGACAGAGCCAACCUCAACAAAGAACUGUUGUCAGCGGCAGAGACGUAUUCAACCACGAAGCUGAACUUCGCCCACAAACUACUCAACUGGAGCACUGAAACAGGGGCGAUGACCUUUCUCAGGGCUGAUGGUGCAAAGGAGGAGAUCCUGGCAGACUUGAUUGUGGGGUGUGAUGGAGCAUUCUCUGCCAUUCGCAAACAGUUCCUCCGUCAGAGCCGUUUCAACUUCAGUCAGACCUACAUCCCCCAUGGGUACCUGGAGCUCACCAUGCCCCCCAUCAAUGGAGAGUUUGCCAUGAAGCCUAAUUAUCUGCACAUAUGGCCACGCAACACAUUCAUGAUGAUUGCUCUGCCCAACCUGGACAAGACUUUCACCUGCACACUCUUCAUGCCGUUUGACGAGUUUGAAAAUGUCACCACGGGCGACCAGGUCACUGAGUUCUUCCAGAAAUACUUUCCCGACGCCAUCCCACUAAUAGGAGCGGAUGCUCUUAAGAGGGAUUAUUUCCGUCUUCCAGCCCAGGCCAUGGUGUCCGUGAAGUGCUCUCCAUAUCACCUUAGUGAUAAGUGUGUCCUUAUGGGGGAUGCAGCCCACGCUGUGGUGCCUUUCUAUGGACAGGGGAUGAACGCGGGCUUUGAAGACUGCCUGGUUUUCAACGAAAUCAUGGACCAGCUCAACGAAGACUUCAGUGCUGUUCUGCCUGAGUACACUAGAGUCCGAGUCCCAGACGACCAUGCCAUCGCAGACCUGGCCAUGUACAACUACGUCGAAAUGCGGUCACAUGUCAAUUCCAAAUGGUUCCUGUUCCGAAAAUACGUAGACAAUUUCCUCCACAUUAUCAUGCCAAGGACAAUAAUCCCCUUAUAUACCAUGGUUACAUUUACUAGGACAAGGUACCACGAGGCAGUAAAACGCUGGCACUGGCAAGACAAAGUGAUCAACCAAGGCCUGUUAUGUGUGGCAGCAUCUGUUGUGGGGGGCUCCUACCUUCUCGUCAGAUACCCCCCUAACAUGCCAAACAUCUCCAUCGAGCAGCUGUGGACCAGGCUGCAGGCCCUCAAGAGUCCCUUCUGAGGUUUUGUGGGCUAAUACCACUUCGUCCCAGAUAGAGAGGUGAAAACUGAGCUACAAAACAACAGAGCUCAAACCAAACUGACCUCAAAACAGAUGGAAAAAUACAGUGUUUGUUCUGUGACCCAAUUACCAAUGUAAUUGUUUCAUAAUGUACUUAAUAGACAUUUUAUUGACUGUAA